UCCCUAAUUUUCUAUUCCAAAAAACCGAGAAUAAAAGGCAAGGCAAAGGAAGAAAACAGACCGCCAUUGAAUCCGAUAGAGGAAGGUCCGAAAAUGGAGAAAUCCGCGAUCAGGUCGGCAACAGAGCAACUCUCGCAACUCUCGCAACUCUCGCAACUCCUCCUCAUCAAACCAGAACCAGAAGAUCAGCGAAUCAACCACGACGGCGAGGAUGCUGCAACAGCCGCCAUUAACAUCGUCAUCCCUGUCCAACCUUUCAUUUCGCUCUGCAAUUCGCUCAUUCACGUCCUCGAUAAAAUCGGACCGACAAUGGCGGUUCUGAGGCAGGAAAUUCGUCAGAACAUUGAGCGGCUUGAAAUGGCGGAAGAAUGGGGGGAUUUGGUUGAGAUUCUGAAGAAAGAGGGAAGGGAAGGGAGGGCGAGAACGGAAAGCAGUUGUAGCAGAGCGUUUGUUUGGCUGAUUAGAUCUCUAGAUUUCACAUUGGCCCUAUUGGAGAAGGUAGCAAGUAACGAAGUAGGGAUGAACAUGGAACGAGCAGUUGAGGAAUCCUACAACCAAACUUUGAAGCCAUGGCAUGGUUGGAUUUCGUCCGCUGCUUACAAGAUAGCUCUAAAACUAGUGCCUGAUACACCAACCUUCAUCAACAUAAUCAUGGAAGAUCACCAUAACUACCACACCCUCCUCCAUGACAUCCACAUUUUGAUGCCUUUGCUCUCGGCUUUUCUCGAACAAGCUCACUCCAUUCUGAGAUUGUAUAACUUGAAUCGGAUUAAGUCGAAAUAG